ACCCUGAGAGUCCAAAAUCAUUGUACCCUUGUCCCUAAAACCCUAAACCCCUUCUCUCUGCAACCCAAACUCAAGUUAGAGAAAUGGCUUUCACUUCCAUUCUUCGCAAGUCGGGUUCUUCUUUGGCCCCACUCGCAACUCGACUCGUUCGUGGCCAGAGAAAUUACCAUCGUGCCCUCUUCACGGCCAAAACCCACUCCAAUCUCUCUCACAAUCACAGGAUCUCAUUUCUGAGCCCUCUUUUGGUUCCCAACCUUCACUACUCUUCUGCUUCGAAGAAGCCCAGUUCUGAUGAGACCCUUUUACGAGUGAUUCUGUCAGAGAUCCAGUGCUUGCAGGAGACUGAUGAUCAUGAUCGGGUUGAACAGAUUCCAAGCGAUUUUCCUUUCGAAAUUGUGGAUAAUCCAGGACUUCAAACUCUAACACUGAAAAGAACUUAUCAAGGUGAAGAGAUAGAAGUUGAAGUUCACAUGCCCGAUCUAGUUACUGGUGAAAAUGAUGAUGAUCCUGAUGGGGAUAAUAGUGAAAAGGCUAGUCUAUCUAGCUUGCCACUGGUUGUUAGUGUCUCUAAGAAGGAUGGACCUAGUCUAGAGUUUAGUUGCAUUUCUUACCCUGAUGAAAUUGAGAUUGACAGCUUGGCAGCUAAACGUCCAGAAAUUUCUGAUGAGGAGAUUGCCUAUAAGGGCCCUAGCUUCAUUGAUUUGGAUGAGGACCUGCAGAAGGCUUUCAAGAGGUAUUUAAAUAUAAGAGGAAUCAAGCCCAGCACAAUUAAUUUCUUGCAUGAGUACAUGAUCAACAAGAACAGUAAAGAAGAAUUGAUUUGGAUGAAGAAACUUAAGAAGUUUGUUGAAGCCUGAACUUUUGCCCUAUACAGCAACUUUGGUAGAAGAGAACUCAAGGACCAAGUUUUGAUAUUGUAUUUUCUUCUGCAUAGAGAUAUACAUUGCUGCAAUUUAUUUACAGAGCCUUUUAUGCAAGGCCUAUGAUAGUUUCACUUGGUCAUUAACAAAUAGUUGUGUUAGAGGUCUUUUAUUGAGAAGUUGGUUAAGUUGCUUUUGAUAUAGAAUGAAUGUGUUGUUUCAAUUAGAAUUUAGAACCAACUAUGAUUGAAUGGAUCUGUUUAUAACUCC